AUGGCAAUGAGAGCGAGGCAAAAGGUCCGAGCUCCUAGAAGGGCACUAGGCAGCAAAAACGACGACUUUGAAGCCAUAUGGUCUGUCCUCGGUUCUGCACUACGCGAAAUUCACACCAAGAAUGCCUCCUCGCUAUCCUUCGAGGAGCUCUAUCGUAGCUCAUACCGAAUAGUGUUAAUGGGGAAAGGCGACGAGCUCUACGAGCGAGUUAAGCAACUAGAGCAAGAGUGGCUGGGCAGUCUUGUCAGUCAGAACAUUAUGUCUUCGGUGUCGCCGGUGUUGCUCCUCAAUAUUGAGCCUACGGAUACUACGGAUCAAGCGAAUGAGCGCAGGGCUGCUGGGGAGAGGUUCUUGGCGGCGAUGAGGGGGGCUUGGGAGGAUCAUCAGCUUUGUAUGGGCAUGAUCACGGAUGUGCUGAUGUACAUGGACAAAGUCAUGAACAAUGAUCAGAGGCCUUCAAUAUACACGAUAGCCAUGUGUCUGUUCCGGGAUCACGUCCUACGUUCGACGGUUCCUGACAGUAACCUGACUAUAUACAAAAUUCUCGAGUCUACUGUUCUUUUCAUGGUCCAGCUGGAGCGAACAGGAGAAAUGAUCGAUCGACCGUUAGUCCGGCAUUGUAUCUACAUGUUAGAAGGACUCUACGAAACGCUGGAGGAAGAAGAAUCGGCGAAGCUAUAUCUUUCCGUUUUUGAGCCCACAUAUCUACAGAUUAGUACGAUAUUUUACCAAAACGAAGGAAAACGAUUACUCGAAACUGCAGACGCAGCUACAUUUUGCCGCGUCAGCUCCGAAAGGAUAUCAGAGGAGGAAGAGCGCUGCCACGCUACAUUAUCACCCUACUCGGAGCAAAAGAUCAAAGCGGUUAUAGACGAACAAUUGAUCAGCAAAAAUAUUGCCGAUGUUAUUAACCUUGAAGGCAGUGGAGUCCGAUAUAUGCUGGAUCACGACAGGACACAAGACCUUGCCAACGUAUAUGAGCUCAAUGCUCGAAUCGACCCGAAGAAGGGCGCAUUAACAAAGUCCAUCCAAACCCGCAUUGUUCAGCUGGGUAAUGAAGUCAAUGCCGCAGCCAAAGCAUUUGCGACAGCGCCUCCACCGGCCAAAUCCACAGAAGCCGAUGGCGAGAAGAAAUCUGAAAAGGAGAAACCGACGGCGCCACCUGUGAACCAACAGACAGCGGCAGCAAUCAAAUGGGUGGAUGAUAUUUUAAAUCUCAAGAAAAAGUUUGACACGAUAUGGGAACGGGCUUUUGCGUCGGAUCAGGGCAUGCACACAUCCUUUACUAACAGUUUCUCGGAUUUUAUCAACUCGAAUAACCGAAGCUCGGAGUAUUUGUCGUUGUUCUUCGAUGAAAAUCUGAAGAAAGGGAUCAAGGGCAAAACUGAUGCCGAGGUUGACAGUCUUUUGGAGAAUGGAAUUACGCUGUUACGAUAUAUUCGCGACAAGGACUUGUUCGAAACAUAUUACAAGAAACAUCUUUCGCGACGGUUGUUGAUGAAGCGAUCCGUCAGCAUGGAUGUUGAGCGACAAAUGAUUUCCAAGAUGAAGAUGGAGGUUGGCAAUCAAUUUACACAACGACUAGAGGCAAUGUUCAAGGACAUGGCCGUUUCGGAAGACUUGACGAACAAUUACAAAGCGCACAUGUCGCGAACAGCGGCUGACUCGAAGAGGUUUGAGCUAGAAAUCAGCGUCUUGACGAGUACAAUGUGGCCGAUGGAGAUCAUGUCAAGUUCCAAGGAUGGCGAUAUGCAAUUACCUUGCAUAUUUCCCAAGGAUGUCGACACAGUCCGACAAAGCUUCGAAAAGUUCUAUCUUGAUAAACACAGCGGCAGGAAAUUGUCAUGGCAGGCAUCGAUGGGAACGGCAGAUAUCCGGGCUACUUUUCUCCGCGCAGAGGGGAAAUAUGCCCGUCAUGAUCUGAAUGUGUCGACCUAUGCCAUGAUUAUUCUGUUGCUAUUCAACGACCUCCCACUCGACGACUCAUUAACGUAUGAAGAAAUUCAAGCUCGCACCCGCAUCCCAGACCACGACCUUAUCCGAAACCUACAAUCCCUCGCCGUGGCCCCCAAAACCCGCGUCCUGAAAAAGGAACCCAUGAGCAAAGACGUCAAACCCACGGAUCGAUUCUUUUAUAAUGCAUCCUUCAAAAGUCAGUUCACAAAGGUGCGCAUUGGCGUGGUGAGCAGCGGCGGCAAUAAAGUCGAGAAUCAGAAUGAGCGAACCGAGACGGAGAAGAAGAUGAAUGAAGAGCGAGGAGGGAGCAUUGAAGCAGCUGUUGUUCGCAUAAUGAAACAACGGAAAAAACUCGCUCACUCACAACUCCUCACCGAAGUACUGGGUCAACUUGCCGCCCGCUUCGUGCCGGACGUGAACAUGAUCAAGAAGCGAAUCGAGAGUCUGAUUGAUCGUGAAUAUCUGGAACGAAUUCCGGAUUCCGAUCCACCUGCUUAUGGAUAUGUAGCGUAA